AUGUGUCAGGGCUUGCUCUGGGUGGGCAUCUCACGUAGGGUCCCAGAUGUGAAUGCCCCCAAUGUUUACCGGAAAACAAAGAGAGACAGACAGAGUAAUGUAAGUAAUGUAACCUAAUAAUUGUAAAUAUUGAUAAACAAUGUCUAUAUUCUGACACAAAGUAUAACUUAUUUGGAAGCUCAGUAAAAUUAAUCUAACCUCAUCUGAUUGCAAUUUUCUCAUAAGUUCUGUGUACCAAAUGUUUCCCAGCCAAAAGCAGCACUCGUUCCAAUAUACAAUGUACUAUUUCAUAUCUGCUUUCAUUGGGCUUUGAGUGAUGGAGUUAGUCAGUUUUAAAACAAUAACUUUAAAACUCAUUACAAAAGAGACAACAUAAACCUGAUCAGAAUUUGUUAGUGUUGUUACUGAUUUGUGGGAUUAUUGUUUAAGAAAUCUCCAUUUCCCUUUUGAAUUUUUUCUGUUUGUAUGUUCUCCCAAGCUCUGAAUUACUGCCAGUGAUUAAUUUGUGACAGAAAUGUGGUAGGAACUAUAAUAAGGUAUUCUGAAAAAACAACCAGUUCAACUGCAAAAAUCAAAAGCAGCCCUACAAUGAAAGGUCAUCUAAAUGGAAAUGGACCAUAUACAAAUAGGGAAGUUUUGUUUAGGUGCCAACUGGGAAGCUAUUAUUUUUCCCCAAGAUGACAUUAGAACGCCCCCUUGAGCUCUAUAAUUGUAGAUUAAUGAAAAUAAAAUUGAUGUUCUGUCUCUUACUGUUCAGUAGAGAGAAAGCAUAUGAUCAUGAACAAAGGCACAUACCCCACUGAACUAAAUAGCCAGACUAACUUCAAUUGAUUUGAACAGUCAUGGACUACAAAAGCAUUGCCUCCCACUUGUCCUUCUACACCCAUCAAAAGCAGAAAGCAAAAGCAGAACUUCAUUUCAGUGUUAUAAGAAUUGCAACUGAUAGAAGGGAAAGUAAGGGAGAUGAAGCAUCUGCCAAGCAACCUCCUUCUAUCUUCCUCACUAGCCACUUAUCGUCAUCUCUCACCACACUGAGGAAUGGACUGCAAUUUUGACUUUAUGUUGCAGCAUUUCUAUUUCAUGCCAAGGAAACUACCGUAUCAUGUUUUCUGGAUUGACACAUUUGCUCGAGGGGCGACACUUAGUGUUUGUUGUGGGACUUGCCGUAUGGGUACUAAUCUGCAGGUGUUGCCCAUUGUUAUUUAUUUAUUUAUUUAUUUAUUUAGUAUUAAAUCAGUAUUGUGCCCUACAAAAGGGGACACGGGUGGCGCUGUGGUCUAAACCAUUGAGCCACUUGGGCUUGCCGAUCAGAAGGUUGGCGGUUCGAAUCCCCACGAUGGGGUGAGCUCCCGUUGCUCGGUCCCAGCUCCUGCCAACCUAGCAGUUCAAAAGCACACCAGUGCAAGUAGAUAAAUAGGUACCGCUGCGGCGGGAAGGUAAGCGAUGUUUCUGUGUGCUCUGGUUUCUGUCAUGGUGUUCCGUUGUGCCAGAAGUGGUUUAGUCAUGCUGGCCACAGUACUCAGAAAGCUGUCUGUGGACAAACACCGGCUCCCUCAGACUGAAAGCAAGAUGAGUGCCACAACCCCAUGGUCGCCUUUGACUGGACUUAACUGUCCAGGGGUCCUUUACCUUACCUCUGCCCUACACCCAUAGAUCUCAGGUUGAUUUACAACAUUAAAUUACAAUAUAAAAAAGCCACAUGCAUAAUAAAAAUAACAAAAACAAACCAGUAACACAUUUAAAAGGGCAUCAGAAGUCAAUCAGCCAAAGGCCUAGUUAGAGAGGAAUGCCUUCACCUGUCUGUGGAGGAGAGUAAAAGCAUAUAUGACAAAUGUUGGGGGGGGGGAAUAGGUGUGGGGCUGAGAGCCUGAGUUGGCCAAGGCUUAGUCCCACUGUUAUCCUAAACCAGGGGUAAGCAAUCGUCUUCUCAAUCCGGCCCGUGGACGGUCUGAGAAUCAGCGUGUUUUUACAUGAGUAGAAUGUUUCCUUUUAUUUAAAAUGCAUCUCUGUGUUAUUUGUGGGGCAUAGGAAUUUGUUCAUUUUUUCCCUUCAAAAUAUAGUCCAGCCCACCACAUUGUCUGAGGGACGAUGGACUGGCCCACGGCUGAAAAAGGUUGCUGACCCAUCCUAAACUUUCAAGAACAUGGAGUUAACAGAAGGCAUUUCCUUUCAACAAGGGCAGAGUGCCUUUCCCUCAGGCUCACCAAUCUUCACCUAUAUGGCAUAAGCGGUCCUAUUUGGCCUGAGGGUCCAACCCUGGAACCCGUUUUCAAACCAAAGCAGAAGUUCUGCAAAGCAAACUGGACCAUGGCUGGACCUACGCGCGGAUGGUAUCUAGCACCAUUGUAUACUUCACGAAGCUUGCCUUAAAAAUAAAAAAGCAAUCCCCACUCAGACCGCCCUCCCUCCCCCCCAAAAAAACCUUCACACAAUAGAUUGUUUUACAGUGAAUGCCUAACCAUGCCUACUCAUAAGUAACAUUUAAUUCAACGGCGGCUUACUCUCAAAUAAGUGGGGUUAGAUUGCAGCCUCGGUUUUGGAAUAUGGGGAACAAUAAUACAGAAGCGUGUCUCUGACUUGAGUGCAUUUACUCAUGCAGAUGACACAACCUUGAUGGCAGAAAGUGAAGAGGAAUUAAAGAACCUUUUAAUGAGGGUGAAAGAGGAGAGUGCAAAAUAUGGUUUGAAGCUCAACAUUAAAAAAACGAAGAUCAUGGCCACUGGUCCCAUCAUCUCCUGGCAAAUAGAAGGCGAAGAAAUGGAGGUAGUGAGAGAUUUUACUUUCUUGGGCUCCAUGAUCACGGCAGAUGGUGACAGCAGCCACGAAAUUAAAAGACGCCUGCUCCUUGGGAGAAAGGCGAUGGCAAACUUAGACAGUAUCUUAGAAAGCAGAGACAUCACCUUGCCAACAAAGGUCUGUAUAGCUAAAGCCAUCGUUUUCCCAGUAGUGAUGUAUGGAAGUGAAAGCUGGACCAUAAAGAAGGCUGAUCGCCGAAGAAUUGAUGCUUUUGAACUGUGGUGCUGGAGGAGACUCUUGAGAGUCCCAUGGACUGCAAGAAGAUCAAACCUCUUCAUUCUUAAGGAAAUCAGCCCUGAGUGCUCACUGGAAGGACAAAUCAUGAAGCUGAGGCUCCAAUACUUUGGCCACCUCAUGAGAAGAGAAGACUCCCUGGAAAAGACCCUGAUGCUGGGAAAGAUGGAGGGCACAAGGAGAAGGGGACGACAGAGGACAGGAUGGUUGGACAGUGUUCUCGAAGCUACCAGCAUGAGUUUGACCAAACUGCGAGAGGCAGUGGAGGACAGGAGUGCCUGGCGUGCUCUGGUCCAUGGGGUCACGAAGAGUCGGAUACGACUAAACAACAACAACAACAACAACUCAUGAAAAAUACGAAGCGGCCUCGUAUUGCGUCGGGAGAAUAGCCGAUUCAACCCAGUAUUGGCCUUCAAAUCUGGCUGGCUGUGGUUAUCUAGGGUAGGCAAAGGUUUUGGAGCCGCUACCCAAGACUGGUGGCGGUGCGAGGACGGGCUUUCCACGCGCUCUCCCAUUAGCCACAAAGAGCCAGAGAGGAAAGAAUAAGGCAAAGGCGACCGGCUGCCAUCUUACAAAUCCCGCUCUCCCGCCCGCCUCAGCCAAUCCGCAACGCCCACCCGCCCUUCGCCGGAGUUGGCUCUCCCGGGGUGAAAGUCCCGCCCCUGGAGAGGGGCCGGGCCUGUCAAUCAAGUAGAGGAAGCCGAAAGAAAGCCGAGCUGGCCGAUUUCCGCCGGUAAGGGGAGUUGGCGGGAAGGGGGGGGAGGGGCGUCAACCAGGGAGUGCGAACAAGCGGGAGGAGAGAGAGGAGGGGGUCAGUUCGUCGCGGAGGAGGGGCGAGCUCCCGAAAAGGGCUGUGCGCACGCGCGGUCUCGUGUGUUUCUCCCCCCUCAGGCUCGUUAUUGAGGCGGCGCGCGCAGCGCUUUCUGGUUGCGACCGUCUCGUGCUAGGCUGGCGGCAGCGAUUGUAACAGCAGGAAGGUCUCAUUCUGUCCUCCGUAUACGAAUCUUAAGGUGGGGGCGUGGAACGUGCUCACGAGCAUGUGCAGAAUACAGACACUAAUUUUAUUGUAGGAUUCCCGUCCCCCGUUGGCAGCUGGCCGGAAAAUGGAACAGGCAAGAAGUAACAGUAACUGGCUUGCUGCUGCUGCUGCUGCUGCUGGCCCGUGAAUACAGAGAGGUUUCCUGUACAGGUGAAACUUUGUCAUUGGGUGGGUAGGGGGGCAAGUUGCUCGGCUAGUGCAAAAAUAGGCGAUUCUGCAUGAACCCCAGGUUCAGUUUUAUUAGUCAUUUAAGUGUUGGAAGCAGCAUAUGCACUUCAGUGCUUGUGUGGUACCUCAGGUUAAGUACUUAAUUCAUUCCGGAGGUCCAUGCUUAACCUGGAACUGUUCUUAACCUGAAGCACCACUUUAGCUAAUGGGGCCUCCCACUGCUGCUGCUGCGCCACCGGAGCAUGAUUUCUGUUCUCAUCCUGAAGCAAAGUUCUUAACCCAAGACAAUAUUUCUGGGUUAGCGGAGUCUGUAACCUGAAGCGUAUGUAACCUGAAGCAUAUGUAACCCGAGGUACCACUGUAUAUAAAAAAGACCCACAUCAAAGGUUUCUGAAUGAACAUAGCAGCAGGCAUAGGAUAAAAGGAGAGUGCCUCGUGGGUCAGUAACUGGUUAAAGAACAGCAAGCAGCUGGGAUGAAUGCGCAUUUCUCACAAGAGGGAGGCAGAAUACCCCCAGGAUCUCUCUUGGGACCAGUCUUUUUUAAAGUCUCCAUAAAUCACCUGAGGCAGCAGUCAAGUUCUGUGGUGACAGUUCAGUAUAGUGAGAACAGACUGAGGAGCUGGGAAAGGAUUUCACCCAAGUAGUGAGCUCAAAAUGGGAAGUGCAGUUCAAUGUCAAGUGAUACACAGAGAAGCGAAAUACUGUAUAACUUUACAUGUACGCUUAUGGUGUCUGAACCCAUCUGGUUUAAGAGCUUCUGCUCACUUAUUGGAUUGCAAACAAGCCCACACAUCACUGAACAUACAAUCAGGGGCCCAGUCAGUGCACACUUGUCAUUGAUAGACCUUUUACAGUGUACUCUUGGCCACGCUUACUCCGAUGUAAUCCCAAUGGUAAACGAGCACAGGACUGUGCUGCAAGGUUGAUACAGUAUGUGAAGUAUUUUUAUUAUUUUCUUCUAAGCUAUUAAAACGAAGUAUUUUAGCAUCUGAUUCUGGGAGAUCAUAAUUAAUUGUUGGUGUGUUACUUUUAAUCCAGAGGUUGCAUUGCAGAUUCCUUGCCUCAAGUAAUGACCUGAAUUCUUUAUGCAUUUUGUGAAGUUAGUGCUUGAAUGGGAAAUUUAACAUACAGCCAUAUUUUCUUCAAAGGCUCAUAGCUUAAUUAUACAUUCUGAAGUCAGUAGGACUAGUACAUUUUAAGGAGGGAAAGUGAUGUUAGUUCAGUAGAUGAACGCCCUUAAAACUAUGGAGGUGAAUGUUGGUGGUAAGAACAAUCCUGGGUCUAAAUACCAACAAUUUGAGUAUUUAUAGCCUUUGCAAUGAAAAUUCCAUCUGGAGAGACUAUUAUUAUUCUUGUGCUACAACGGUAGUGUGGUGUAUGCUGUUAAAUCACUAUCAUUUUUAACCCCAAAGGUAUUAAAAUUAUUCUGCUUUAUAUCAUUCGUAAACUGUUUGAAUUCAUUCAGUAUGGCAUGAUUAAUACUGUACUCUAUGGGUGAAACUCUUGGCUGGUUGUAUUUUUUUUAUUUUUCCGUACAUCUUUAAAAUAUAUUGUGUUUUUCACAAGACACUUGAAAACGACCUUUAGUCUGUAACACUUUUUUAUACAGGCUCGUGAGUAUAGUUAAUGUGGUAUGUUACAUGGGGCAGAUUUUAGUGGGAAUGAUGGCCCAUAGAAAUGGAUUAUAAUUCCAAUUAAUUCCAAUUAAUUUAAGUGAAGUAAGUCAUUCUGGUUCUGUGAACAUAUGCAGUUUUCAAGAUAGGCCUUCCCAGUCACCAUUUUGCUUUGGUGAGAGCAGCAUUGUAAAUGGGAUACUUUCUGGAGGUAUAGCAUCUCUUGCGCUGGAAAAUAGUGUGUGAGAGAGAGAAAGAGAAAAAGAAAGAAAAAUUGAAUGCUGCUUAGUCCUUUCCUUCACAGCUCCCCCCAUGUAAAAAAAACCCAGCUGAAUUUGCUUCCAUCAGAUUUCAUGUGUGUGUUUAUAAAGCUAAGCUCACACCUAGAAUUCUGCAGGGUAGAAAAGAGCCAUUGUGGCAGUAGUGGGGAGAUAUAAUUUGGAGGAGAAAAUGAGUAAGGAAGAGGUUAAGUACUAUUAACUCCUGGUUCCUUUUCAUUUAAAGCACACACACAAAACAUAUGCAUAUAAUGUAUUGUUCACCCCUGAGUAGUGUCUUAUUAUUAUGAAAUACAUAUUAAGGAAAAAUGAAAUUUUGUCUCCCCUGUUGCAGUAGUCUUUUUUUCAUUACACUGUGUGGUAAUAAUAUAUACUACAUAUAUACAAAGUAGACUGUAUUUAUUAACACGUCACAUACAGUCAUUUCCUUCCUCUGCAGGUGUUUAUUUAAUAUUGGCAGUUCACAGUUCAGACCUAGCUAAUUUAUGCUCUUCAUGAGGAACAAAUUACAAAUAAUUGCUAGUAGGAAACAAGCAAUUUGCAACUAUGGUAUAGAAUUCUAAUCAAAAAGUUGCCAAUGUAAAAUGUGUGCAAACACUUCUAAAAUUGAGGCUCUGUAUUCCCCCUCCCCCUGAGAAGUUUUGGAAAUCUCAGUGUCAAAUUCAAAAACUAAUUAUUUUGGGGAAACUUUGGUAUGUGGUCAUUUACUUUUUCUGUUAUUUUCAAUGUAAUCUGAUACAUAUCUACUUCAAACGAAGUAAAAUAGCAGGUGGUAUGUUCUUUGCUUUUGGAAAUGUUAAGGAGCUUGUUUCAGAGAACAAAAUGGGCACAUCAGGAAACUCCUGAUUAAUUAUACCACGUAAUGGGGUCUGCAGUUCAGCUCUACAUGCUGAGUAUUUGAGCAUAAUGGUUACUCUCUUCCUGAUUUUUCUGAUUCUAUGGGAAAUUGACAAAUUUUAUUAAAUAAACUGAUUAAAUAAAAAAAGGCUCUCCAACCAAGUCAUAAUAUAUUAUGAAAUCAGUAUUGCUGGGUAUGAAGAGGUUUCCCUCACCAUCUACAUAUUGUUAUCCCUUUAAGCUAGAUGGUUCUUGCAAAUGGAAAAUUCUGAGGCCUCGCAACAGGUACUACAAUGUGCUUGUAAAAGAUAGUCUCUAGCAAAGGAUCUGUGAAGACAUCUGCAGUGUCAAAUGGUCUAUUGAUAUAAGAAUCCCAGUGGUUUAUUAUUAUUAUUAUGUAGAGAAUAAAGGCUUUCUGCCCCUCUCCUCCCCAUCGCAUUGCUUCCUUUCAGCCCACUGUAUCUGUGUGUUUCUUGCCCUUCAUUUUACAGCCCACUCAGGAAGCUCAAAAAUUAAAAUGCAAGCUCAUCACUAUAUUGUAGAUUCUCGUAAUUAAUCAUAAAUGUCUCCAAUUACUGACUGUUUUCAGCAGAACCUUCUGAGGUAACAUCAUUUAUUAUUGAUACCUUGUAGGAAUAGAAGUGAUGCAGGAAGAACUUAUGUACAUUUUCUCACAACAUUUGAUUCCCACACAAACACACCUUUUCUCAAACUAAUUGGAAAUAGCUUCUGGGAUGUUUGUCCAUGUGUUUGGCCAGGGCACACUUUGCUGACCUGUGAAAUUUGGACUCAUUGAAGUGCUGAAAACACCAUGAACUUGGAGCACCAUCCAGGUCAUAAUGGUAGAAUGUGAAAAUAUGUAACAUAUUGGCUGAUGAUAGCCUAAACCCCUAGUUUUAUGUUGACAAUGGACAACUCUUGAUUUCCACAAGUAGGCAGCUAUAUUGGUUGCUAUCCUAAGGAACUCCUCAUUCAAGAUGAGGAAGUGACCUUUAAGGCUAGGUGUGUUUUGCUUUUUUGCUUUCUUAUAUUAAUCUUGCAAGAAAUUAAAAAGGUUUCUUCUCUUUAACCGAAAUGUUUUUUUUGUAUAGGCUGCAGCUGGGGAUUUUGGUAAUGUUCACUGAAUGUUAUUCUGUUAGGGUUAUUUAAAUUGACUACUUUUAUUGUAAUUUGAAUUAUAUGCUUUAAUGUUUCUUUUUAAUGUAAGCCACUUUGGGAAGUCAUGAAAGGCAAAUAACUGAAAUACAUAACAAGUAGAAGUGAACACUGCAAUUUAUUUAUAACAGAAAAAAUGAGUUAACUAUAUAAUAGUUAUUAACUGUUAUGGCGCAUUAGUUGUUUCAUUCAUCCUAUAAUUGUGAACAUUCAUAGAAUAGUGUGUUGUUAUGCUGCAAUGCUUUCUCAAUUACUUGCGUGGAAGCCCCACUAAUCUCAAUGGGACCUCUGAGUAAAUAUGUAUAGGAUUGAAUUGUAAGAGUCCUUGAAGAAUAGUGUUCAAUGUGUACAUGUAAACCAAGAUAUCAUGGGCAUUCUUUAACAACAACAACUUUUUAAAUGGCAUACACUUAAUGCAUUAUAUCUAUUUUUAAAGUGUAAAAUUCUACAGUGUUUGAAUGGUAGUUUCUGAAUGUGUUCCAGCUGCCUCUGAUGAAGAAGUGUUCUACGUCAUUAAGCUGGAGUGUGUUUGUAAAUAAACAGACAUUUUCUUCCAAACCUUUUAAGGACUGCUUCCUUGCUAUUUUGGUGGUGGGUGAGCCCCAGUGCUAAGAAGCAGAAGCCUGUGACCAAAUGUGGAAGGAUGAAGGCUUGCCUUAUACAGUGGUACCUCGCAAGACGAAUGCCUCGCAAGACAAAAAAACUCGCUAGACGAAAGGGUUUUUUGUUUUUUGAGCUGCUUCGCCAGACGAUUUUCCCUAUGGGCUUGCUUCGCAAGACGGAAACGUCUUGCAAGUUUGUUUCCUUUUUCUUAACACCGUUAAUACAGUUGCGACUUCACUUCAAGGAGCAACUCAUAGAACGCGAUGUGAUAGCCUUUUUUGAGGUUUUUAAAGACUUUGGUGAUUUUUGAAGCUUUUCCAAAACUUUCCCGACACCGUGCUUCGCAAGACAAAAAAAAAUCGCAAGACGACAAAACUCGCGGAACAAAUUAAUUUCGUCUUGCGAGGCACCACUGUAGUGGAGUGAGGCAUUAUGAACUGUGGCAAUUCAUAUUCCCGAAUGACUCCUAAUUUGAACUUUGACUCAAUCACUAGUUCAAUGCCAUUAUUUUUUAGGGUAAUAAUUAUGCUGAUGGUGAUUUUGUGUUUGGAAGUUCGCAGUUCAGGAAUGCUGUUGGGCUUGAUGUGAGUUGGUGAGGUUGAAGCUGACGGUGGUGGUCCAGGGUUCCUUCUUAACCAGCUUCAGCUGGUUCACCUGUGUGAAGAGAAUGGACCUUCCUUCAGUUACCCAUGUAAUGUUCAAGCUGGAGUACUGCAAUGCUGUCCAUGGUUUUGGAACUUCAUCUGGUACAAAAUUCAGCCUUCAGGUUGUUUGUUGGAGCCAGGCAGUUGAAGCAACCUAUGCUGUACCACUGUGUUUCUGGCCCCAAAUUUAAAACGCUUGUGAUGACCUUUGAAACACUGAAUAUUUUUAAACCAGAGUAUUUUAGCAUUCCCUGCACCCAUAUCAACUUACCUGUGCCUUAAGAUUCACUUCAGAAGCCCUGCUUUUUAGGUUCUCACCUUGAAAGACAAGUUAGUGGGCUCAUGGAACAGGACCUUCUCUAUGGUGUCUCCACGGCUAUGGAACUUGAUUGUAUGUGUAGUUAGGCUGGCUCAGUUUUUUUUAGUUGUCUGUAUGAUCUCUCCAUCCCUAGUUUAGCAAACUGAGAAUGGGUGUCAGACUUGUGUGCGCAUAUCUUUACCUAGUGUUGUCACCUUGAGUGCUGGCUUCACUCCAGGGCUGCUUCCUGUUCUGUUUAUACAGGCCAUGUUGCUUUAUGAACAAGGAUGUAAACUAGGAGGAAACUAUGGUUUAAGAACUGACUGAGUACCCAGUUAGUAAAACCGAUGUUCUCUGGUUUGGAUAUAUUGGGAAUUCUGAUUUAAACGGACCUUAUUUGAAGGUGGUAUGUUGGGUGUGUGCCGGUCUACUUACACUUGCGUUGCUUAAACGGUAAAUAAUCGGGAAUUGUAAGGAAUAUUUAAACUUUAUACAAUCUAGUCAGUCAUAUUUAAAUCUGACAGACUUCAUAGGCAUAGUACUAGCUUGUAAAGCUCCCCCUUUUAAUUUCAACUGUUCCUGUGCUAUAUAAGAAACUGGACUUUGUAUACAGUGUACCAUGUUUUCAUCUAUGGUUGCACAUUUCACAGUCUCCAGUUUUAACAGUUCACUUUGUUGUGUUAAUAAAGGUCCUUGAAAAUGCAGCUGUGCUCAGGGUCAAACUAGAUAAGGCAGAACAGCCAUCCACGCAUCUGCUCCGUUAGCAUAUAAAGUUGAAGAAUCCUCUUUGCCGUAAAAUGCCUGUGGGGGAGCAAAACUCACUCCUUCACCUUACCUGCUGUGUUCCACCAGAAGUGAUCUCAACUGGGAAGAAGCAGCUUAAAGGUGCAAUAGUUUAAGAGAGCAGGGUGAUGAGUUUGGCUUUCCUCCCUCAUACGGUCCUUUUCAUGUGAAGAAUAGGUCCUUACCCAGCUCUGCUUUAUGUAUGAACAGGGCAGACACUGAGAUACAUGGCUGCCUUGUCACAUCUUGUUUGGCCUUCAGAUUCAGGGUGGAGUGUGGGCUUUGGUCCAGAUAAAAGGCUUCAGCGUGCAAGAACUUGCAAAUGGGAGAUGUAUGCAAGGUAUAGCUGGCUGGCAUGUGGCUUUCUAGAUGCUCUUUGACUGCAGCUCUGAUCAACCCAGACUGACAUGGGUAGUGAUCAAGGGUUGUUGGCUUCUAGUCCAGCUACAUCGAGAGGGGCACAGGCCAACACCCCCGGUAUAAGGCAUGCUGUGCUUGUGGCAUUCCUUCGUAGGAUUUCUAGAGCCAUGUGGGUACAUAAGUUUAUGUACUUAGUGAGCAGAGUCGGCUAUUUUUAGCUAGAGACAUUUCUUUCAUUUUCAUUGUCAUUGCAGACACAUUAUUGAUGCGCUGCAACGAUCAAAGAGAAUUAAGUAUUUCCAAAUCAUUGCUUUGAAGCAGUAAACCUUACAGCUGUGUGCCUUCCUCCUUUCUGAUGCUGUACUUGUGCAUCUUGAUUUUGAAAUAAAAUAAUCUCUGAUCUUAAAAUAGAUUUCCUGAGGGUUGGUUUGUAUCUGGAAUUCCAAAUACCCCAUUUUUACUAGAAGCCUUUGUAAGAGAAGUUCAAACCCUGGGUUUCAAGUUAAUGCUUACGGGCAGAUCUCUGUAUCCUCUUUGUAUGAUAACUGCACUACAAAUAAACCAAAAACAGUUUGUAAGCAGUGUGGCAAGAAACUGCUUUCAGCAUUUGAAAGUACAACAGCUAUUUGAAAAUUAAGUAGUUCAGGUCAGGAGCUUUGAAAUGAUUCCUGACUGGGCCUGCAAAUUCUUACUUGUCCCUCUUGCCAUGGUGAGACGUCAGCGAAUCUCUGGUGAGCAAGAUGAAUCCUUAAACCAGAGUAGGAAGAAUGACUCUUGCCCCUUCCCCAGCCACAAAUGUAGACGGAAGCCUGCUUUUUAGCUCUGUGCUUAUUGAGAGCCAAAGAGCCAUUUUUAAAAUCGUCUCUGGCUCUGAGGUAGAGUAGAACAGUGUAGUCACAAUAGUUUGCCCCUGCGCCUGCUGGGAGUUCCAUUUGCCUGGUAGAUGCCUACUUCCCCUUUCUGAGCUGGAGGGGUAGCUAUAUAGCUGUGUACAGCCUCCUGCAGAUUGUUCUAAAAACAGGCUUUAGAAUAGAAGCAGCAACCCAUCAGGUCAUUUUUUCUUUUUAGAGAAAGCAACUUCCUUUUAAAUAUUAGGAAGAACUUUCUAACAGUAAGAGCUGUUCAACAGACUCCCACGAGAGGUGGUGGAUUUUCCUUCCUUGGAAAUUUUUCAGCAGAGGUUGGAAGGCACCAGUCAUGUACGUAGGAUUUCAUUAAGAUUCCUGCAUUGCAGGGGGCUGGACUAGAUGACCCUCAGGAUCCCUUCCAACUCUACAGUUCUCUGAUUCCAGAAGAUACAGAGACCUGGAAGAUGGUUUCACAAUAUCUUUAAUUUGAGUAAGGGUAAAAAAAAAUAGAUGCUAAUGAUUUCCACUUAAAUCAGGACUGCCUACUUGAAAGUCAGAUAUUGGACACAUAAAUCUGAAUAUUGAUGCUGUAGCUGCUUUGUCUCCCACUGUUAUCUCACUGGUUCCCUUGCCAGGCCUUCCAUCCACAUCACAUAGGUUCUUCCACAUUGAAAGAAUGAUUUAUUACAACUGAGCAGCAAGUAUUAUGUGGCACCUGCAACAGGGCCAGUUCUGCAGAUGGAAACAGUCAACUGGGAAUAUACAGGGAAGGCAAUCCCAUAAGUAAACAUGUCUCAAACUUUUAAAGGCUUUAUGUACUAAUAGGAACACCUUGAACUUGUCCCAGUAGCAAAUUGGCAACCAGUGGAGAUCUCUGAGCAAAGGCGCUCUAUGCUGGCUGGGUCCCACUCCUGUCAGCAGCUGUGCUGCAGCAUUCUGCACUAACUGCAGCUUAUGGAUCAAGCGCAAUGGAAGCCCCUACAACAGCCCCUACAGAGAGCUAUUGACUCUCUGGCCUACUCCCAGGAGUCUCUGCAUAGGUUUCCUCAAUGCAGACAUCCAUGCUCAACCUGUGGGUGUCAGGAAAUGGGGUAAAGGAUCUGUAUGACAAUGGGUGUGCUAAGGACAAAAGCACAACCCUAUGCCGAGUGAAGCCUUCAUGAUGGUAUUUGAAGGGAGAUACGCUCUCCUUUUUCUGCCUUUCCCACUUAUACACAAGUUUCUUGACCAGCUGCCCUCUACUUUUCCUUCUCUUUCUAUUCACACCUCACCCCCUUACAUACAUUGCUCUGCUUUUCCUCUUUCAUUUUCCAUGACACAGUUACUGACUUGUCUACUUAACAAGGGGCAAUUAAUGAGGAACAAAUCCAGCGAGGUCUCUUCAGUGACUAAACUUUGAAUGCAGAGUUUAUUUCAGGGUGCUGUAAGUUUCUUUGGAAAGGUGCAAAUUGGCUCUUACUUUGACAUCUAAGCAGGUUUUGUCAGCUUGAAAGUGCUUUUCUUUUUUUUAAGCGAAGGGGUCUGUUUUCAGGACCUUUGUUAAUGGCCCCCUAAUGUACACUGUUUGCUGUUACAGUCACAAAGUAAAAGCUGCUGCUUCCCAGCAUCCUGUAUUCUUAAUUAGAUUUCCAUUAAUUUUCUCUGUGAGAGAUAACGUGUGUACAUUCACUUAUUUAUUGAGUGUUGUGGUGGUGGGUUUUUUGGAUGAGUGCAGUCAUAGCAGAUCAACUACAUUGAGAACAAAGUAUUUGGAUGCAUUGGGACUGUUGGGUGCAGGGCAUGUGAAUGUCUUGUUUUUAUACAGUGUGACUUAUGGUAACUUACAUGGUAACCAGUCAUCCAGGCAGUAAGUAUUUCUUCUCCAAUAUCAUGGUUCUCUUUUUUCUGAUGUAAUGUAGCCAAAACACCCACCACCUAUGCAGGAGAAGGAGGUAAAGGCUGCCUUGGUGAACCCCAAAGUUUGCAGAAGUAAAAAAAUAAAAAUCUUAAGAAAGACACUCUAAGAGGGGAAACCCCCCAAAGUCCAUUGAGCACUGAGCAUACUCAGUGGCCACAAAAUGCAAACUGCCUGGGGAUUGGUGAAAUGGAAAACCAGAUCGGAGUCGAGUGGUUGGAAUACUGAAGAGCAGCACUCCACACUGUAACAUUUUGUAGUGAUCCCACUUGUGACUCUGCUAGUGAUAAAAGUUACAGACAGCCAAGCACCUAUUAACAGGUUCUGGUCAUAGGUAGGCCAGAGAGCCAACAGCCCCUAAAUUCACUUUGGCCUCUGGCUUGGUAUCCCAUUUCUGAGGGAUGAACCAUCAAAAUCUUAAGUUGUGCCUGCCACAUGGAAGCUGCUGGAAAUCUAUAUACUGGCAUUACCACUUGGUGACCUUUUUAAUAUGCGAGACCCACUCACAAUACAAUUUGCCACGAUUGUGUGGGGAGUCACUACUUGAGCAACAGGAGGAGUUAGGUUUGAAAGGCAUAAAUAGCUCAAAGAGUCUGAAGCAGAAGCAUUUGGAGUUCAUUCUCAUAUAGACAGUGGUGGUCCCUUCAGAAUAUCAGGUCUGAUAUAAUGUCACAAAUAUUUGUUGUUUUGAAGCGACAAACUAUUUGGAGUUCAGAUGAAUGUUUGCAGGACAAAGGCUGAGAGAGGAGCAGACUCAAUCUGAGUUAUGAACAAAACAUCCAGAGCUGCUUGUCUGCCCUCACAGGCUUUAAACUCUUCGGAUUAUACAGAGAAGUCACAGAAUUGAAAACACUGACUUGAGGCCUUAAGGCCGAGCUGACAACGUGAGACAAGGGUGAUCACAUUUCAUGAGUCAGCUUCUGUUUUCAAAACAAAACAGGUAUAGGAUGGAGAAACCAUUGCACAUUGGAAGGGUCUGUGUGGAUGUAACAAGCCCAGUGGUCCUAAUGAAAAUUCUCCCAAAUUGUUGAAGCUCCUGUUCUCCCAGGGGAACAGCCACUUUGCAAAAAUGACAGCUUUUUUCUUGGAGUAACUAAGCAGCCUUAAUGCAUAAUUGUAGUUACGCUGUAAUGGAAAUAGAUGCUGUUAUUUAUCACAUGAUGAGCUAGACAUGUAGCACUGGCAAAGUGAGAGCAUUCCAUAUUGAUGAAGGUCCUAUCAAUGCAGAGGACAAUGAUAAUGAAUAGGAAAAGUGCUGAUACCCAACACAGCCAUGUGUGUGUGCAGUAUUUUUCUGAAACAUUUGCAUACAAGAUUUUGACUUCAUUGUAUUUUCUUCGUGAUUUGAUCCACCCUGAAGAUCCUAUGGGACAAUAUAGUGGGGGGAGAAGACAUAGAUUUCAAAACUAAAUAAAUCUGGUGUAGCUAUAGUAUAGUCCUCCCCAGGGCUCCUAUUUAUUUCAAUAAAGAUGUAGAUUUCAGCAUUAGUACUUAGGAUAUUCAUUCAUUGUUAGUCUACUAUAAUGUUUCAGUGAGUUGCUUUUUUAAAAAUAGAAUGAUGAUUCAUUGUUCAUUUUGAGAAAAAGUUUCAGAAGGCUGUUAGCUGUAUGAGCUAAUAUAAUUGCUAUUUCUCCCCUCACCCCUUUAGGGUGUGUUGCUGCAGAAGAUUGCUUGCCUAGAUGAAGCAUCUGACACCCCUCACCCUUCUUGCCUGUGGCUCUUUUAACCCCAUAACAAACAUGCAUAUGCGUCUAUUUGAACUAGCAAGAGAUCACCUUCAUCAAACAGGUCAGUGUGCAGAGUUGGAAUGUGGAACCAUUGGAAUCUCGGGAAAUUGGCAACAUUUCACAUCAUUGCAACACAUUUUUAUUCCUGUUAAUUAAAGUUCAAGACUUAGAUAUUUCACAGCAUGCUGAACAGAAUUUUUGCACCUUUAUCACCUCUUAAAAUAAGGCUCAAAAUAUGGAGAUAUAAAAUGGGAUUUUCACACCACAACGGUGAAGUUAUGUCAGCUGUUUAGUAGAAUAGUUGCAGAUAUAAACUUGUUUAAAGGGGCCUUACUCCCCCUGCCCCAUUUUUCUUGAGGAGCAAAGAAACACUUUAUGUAUGUAUUACCAUUUAGUCUAAAGAUUUACAGUUUACACUAGGGGGGGAAAUGGGGUAAGGGGGCAUAUUCAUCAAGGUGUAGAACUGCUUCUUCAAAACAGAACUUGCAAAAGAGCUAUGUUUCAGCAGCUUUGGUGUUUCAUUCAAAUGACCAGGAUAGCUCUAUGGAUCAUCUAACUCAUGUUCAUUCAGGCACCAGCAAAGCCUCAAGGUAGGGAUAAGUAGGUAGCUAUUUAUUUAAAGGCUCAGAAUCAUUGACAGAUGGAGUGUUGGACAUGGAUGCUUGGAAAGCAUCAAGAAACAGUUCAGGAGCAUUUAGCAGAUUGCAGAUUUCCAAUGCUUGGGUGAAACAAAAAUACCAGAGCAAUAUUAGUGCAUCAUAACACUUGCGUGAGCAAGUUACAGAACCAGAACUCAAAUACAGUUUCAAUGACCGGUGACAAGGCAAGCUGUGAAUAUUGAUAUUUGGCCCAAUUUACCCUUGCAAUGCUACAAUGCAAAAGAGAAAAAUGGGAAGGGAUCUAUUAGUAGCAGCCAAAGAUUUUUUAGUAGAAAAUUGGGGAGGUAAUUCCUCAGCAUCAGGGAAGGAAUGGCUUGCUACAGUGAGUAAAGUGGUUGACAGACUUCAUCCAACUGAGAGAAGGAAAACAGAGGGUAGCAAAUUUUAACAAUAACUGGCUUCUGUUUUUUCUUUUGUGAAUUGAAGGUAUAAUCUUAGAACUGACAAAUAUUGAAACUUUCCCCUGCUUUAAAGAGAUGCUUGCUGUUACAUUUUCAUACAUGUGACCAAGCAGUUAUAUUUUUCUAUAUUUUUUCAGGUUGUUAUCCAACCCAUAGUAAUUGGAUCUCUAACAACUGCAGUCUCUAACAAUUAUGUUCUCUUCAAUUACACAUAAUGUUUGAAUUGUAUAGGCUAUUAAUGGUGUAUGGUUUUGUAUAGGUCUGAGUUUAGCUUUCUGGUAAGUUGUUUUAAGGGAAACGGAGACAAUUAGCCAGCAAAACUGGUGAAAUAAUGACAGCUGUAAAAUAAAUGAAUGUUACCGAGCAAAACAAGAGGAACAGAAAGUCAUCCCUGCCCUUAUGAAGGACAUUUAGAACCAAACUAGACAUGAGUAUGUGUGUUUUGUUUAGGUAAAUGGCAUCACAGGGAAGCCUGGUCAACCUCCAACCUGUGUGUGGCAGUGAGGAGCAUUUUAACACUUUCCCUCUCACAGUCCUGACAAAAAAUCCCCUUUCUGAAGCUAUUUGCAUUUUAGGGAAGCCUCCAGUGACACCAUUGGUACUGAGGCCCAAGGCUUAAACCCUAGGCUGCUAUUUAUAUAAUGAACAAAUGGGCAUAAGUGCACAUUAAUUGCUCGUGUAUUCAAUUAAUAUUACAUCUAGUUUGACCCUUGGUUGAUCAGGAGGCUUUGGCUGUGGCCCUCUGACCCUGCAUAUUUGAAAGCACACAGGAACUGGUCCUGGUAAUGGCACCCUGGCAUUUGUGGGGAUUGCAUUGUUUGGAGCUGCUUAGGCCCACAUCACUUUCUUCAGUGUCUUGGCAGUAAAAGCAGACACUGUUCUUUGCUCAAGACAGGUUCUUAAAUUGCCCUAAAUGAAGACACUUCCUUGUAACAAAAAGAGCUCUGGUCAUCAAGUCAGAAUCCAUGUGUUGGAUCCAGAGCACAUUAGUUGUACUUGAGUCUCAUUAACAUUGUUGAGGCUUAAGUUAGGCAUGCCUUACUUUUCCCAAUUACUUCAAUUGGGCUUUGUGCAACUAACUUGGUCUGCAUCAAAUCCAGUGAACCUGUUUUCACAGAAUUCCAAUUCUUGAAAUCUAUUUCUUCAUGGGUUAGAGUACAUACCGCUAUGAAUAUAAGGGACACAAUAAGUAUGAUAAACAGAUUAUGUGAGCGCAAUGCCCGUACAUUGCAAGGCAAAAUGAUGGGACAUUAGAGGGCAUGUCUCUGGUACUCCCAUGUUUCCCUUCCCCUACAAUCAGUACAAGUGAGUCUAUUGAACCCUAUUGAAUCCCUAAUUGUACAGAUAUGAACUUGUAGUGUUGGGGAUCAGGCCCAUCCCUUUAGGAGGGUCCUUUGGUAACUUUUUAGACACUUGUUGGUGUCUCAGCACAAACUCUUUCUUUUCUUUUUCAUUUUUGCCAUUCCAAGCACAGCAUCUUAUUCAUCCCUGCCAAGCAACUUUGGCUGUGUAUGUUAAGUGAAUUUCUCUCUCCUCUAUUCACACCAGUGGGCAAAUUUUAUGAAGUCACUUCCUAAAUACAAUGGAUGUGACUAUACACCAGUGAAUAGCUAUGAGAGUAAUGCACCCCUUUGUAUUUUAUUAGUACUCAUGUGAAACCUUAUUUAACUUUUCAUGCCUUGUCAUGCAUGGCUAGAUAUUUCGUCUCAUAAUGCGAUUCAAUUCCUUGUUCUACAAGUGCCUUUUAGUACUGUGCUGAUGGUGCCAAAUAUCUUUUUUGCAAUCUGUUAGUGCUAAUGCUCUCAGAUGCUCAUGUUCCUCUGUGCUCUUAUUAUCUUCCAUUGCUUCCUACAGUUUAAAGAAGGUCAGAAAUGAUCUAUCUUUUCUAUGUAUUUUACCUUUAAUGAAAUCUUUUUUAUAGAGUGCUUCAGUCUACAUAAUGAAAGGAAUGUAAGAUGUCGGCCUGAGGGAAGAUGAAAAAUACAAGACCACUCACCUAGUGCUCUGGGUUAGAUAAUAACAACAUGUGUGGUUUUAUUUCUCUUCUUUCUUGAAUUUGUUCAUUUUUGACCACCAGUGGGGCAGGAGGCCAGCAUAUAAAAAAAGCAUCAGAUUGUGGGCUUAAGUGAACCUUUUGUAUAAUCCUUAUCUACCCAUAAGCAGGCACUUCUUGGCUAAGAUGAAUAUUGGAGAUGUAUACCAUAUUAACAUUUGGCAGGCAGUUAUUAGAAACAAACUGCUGGACUAGAUGGAUCUUUUGUUCUGAACUAGAAGGAUUUGAGAAAGGAGUCAAGGGAAGAGGAGAAAAAUGUAAACCAGCAGCGGACUUGGUCUCUAACAUUAGGAAGAUAUGAUACUCGCAAACACAAUGUUAAGCAUUGUGCCAUUUAAUUCAGUAUUGCCUACACAUGACUAGCAGAGGUUCUCUAGGGUUUAAGAUGGAUCCCUUUCCCAACCUGAGCUGAAGAUGCCAGUGAUUGAACCUGGAACCUUUUGCAUCAAAGCAAGGGCUCUACCACUGAGCUUACAGCUCUUCUCUCUAAUAUUAGCUGCUAGAUCUCCCAUUCUGCUUGCUACUCCUUCGCUGAAAAUAACGGAUAUGCAAUUUUGCCUGUUCUAAUAAAUCUAAUGAACUUGCAAAUGAACAUGUGAAGCAGUCAAAUCAACACAUCCCAUGGUUUUGCCACCUGUUUGGCAGAUAUGCUUUAAUAAAUCUAAGAACAAUGUGCUGAUGGUUUAAAAUUCCCUUUCAGACCAAGAAUCUGUAAUGUUGGUGGCUUGUAUUAUAAUAAUAUAAAGCUUCCUCUGUCAUUUUCUCAUUAUUUCUUCCUCAUCUGUCUUUGUGCAGACUAGAGGAAACCUCAAAAAUAAGCUGGCAAAAAGGCAGUUGUGGUCAGUUUCUUCCCAACUGGAACAAACAUUAUUUACCAAAACAUAUUCACUCUUAAGGGACCUGGGUGGUGCUGUGGGUUAAACCACAGAGCCUAGGACUUGACAAUCAGAAGGUCGGCGGUUCGAAACCCCAUGACGGGGUGAGCUCCCGUUGCUCGGUCCCUGCUCCUGCCAACCUAGCAGUUCGAAAGCAUGUCAAAGUGCAAGUAGAUAAAUAGGUACCGCUCUUGCGGGAAGGUAAACGGCGUUUCCGUGCGCUGCUCUGGUUCGCCAGAAGCGGCUUAGUCAUGCUGGCCACAUGACCCGGAACCUGUACGCCGGCUCCCUCGGCCAAUAAAGCGAGAUGAGCGCCACAACCCCAGAGUCAGUCACGACUGGACCUAAUGGUCAGGGGUCCCUUUACCUUUUAUUCACUCUUAAAUCUUUUUUCCUGCACAUCAGCCAUACCUGAAUCACACCACUUGAACGUGUGUUUGACUUGAGGGAGAGUUUAUACUUGAGCAGUGGUUGGGUCUGAAGCUUUAUUAGCUGGCUCAGCAAGUCUUAGAUCAGGCUGUAACACUCAGAUCUGACAGCAUGCUAUUUUUUGAAGUCCCUUAACCCUACGAUCUCGUUAUUUUGGAAGGAAUGCAUACCUCACCUAUGCAAACAUACCGGCAUAAUUCCUCUUUCAGCCUACUUGUUUCACAACGGCACAUAAUUUGAUCAGGGUUUUUUGUGUGUGUGUUUUAGAAGCACAUAUGAUCUUUCUGCUCAGAAAUUUUGAAUACUAUUAGUUUUACUUUAUAGUCAGUCCCUCCCAUUUACAGUGUCUGGGCAGGUUUGCUCUUAUUUCACACUCUUGGCAGGAGGUGGAUAGGCUUACAUGGUCUAUUGCAAAGUACUGUAUGAUGAUCAUGGUAUUGUAUUCCAUAUGGUGUUUCCAUUGUAGGGUUGCUGCUUAUUUCCAAAAGUUCAGUUUCACACUAAUGCUUCCUAUACAAGGAAGUGGUCUUAAGCCAUCUCAUGUGGAUACUAUUGCUGGGACAAAGAGAAAAGCAAAAAAGCCAGAUUUCUCCAUUGAUUAGUAGGGAUCAGAAAGAAAAUGCCCCUGAAGACAAGUGGGUGACCAAAGUUUCCAUAGGUGUUCUAGGAAAUGUAUUGAGUCUGGGAAGCUAUGGAGAAUCUGAAGGUGUUGUGAUGGUGUGCAGUAUUACUUAAUUACCACCAUGGCAUAAGCAAAUAAGUUCCACUAUGCUCUUUUCCAAAUGAACAGUAAACCAUGUAACAGUUGUGUUACAUUAACUUAAUUAUGUACAGUCAAUAUAUUAGAUAGAAAAUAAAGUAUUCAUCCAUUUCGUUUACUGUGGGGCAAAAAGACCACCUACCGCUUGAGUGGAUUUCACCCAAAGAUUACUGUGCAACAUCGUGUGCCAGUUUCACUGAUCUCAAGUUAUGAGUUUCUCUAAGGAGCAUUUAAUCUAAUUUGAAGGUUUAAGUGUUAUCAUUAACAUUCCUUGAAUACAAGGAUGUUCUGGUUUGACAUAUUCCUGGUCACAUACCAACUGAGAAUAGAAUAGAAUGCUGAACACUAAUUAACUAAUAAGGUUCUGGAACCUUUAAGGAUACGAGUAGUCAUGUUUAAAAAAGGAAGAAAAUUAUGUGGGAUACUAGGAUUGGUAAUAAUCAACUUUAAAUAUCUGCUAAAAGAAAUUGAGUGUUUGGGUUAGUUGCAACCCAUUUUCAGUGUUAAAAUCUUAUUUUAAGAAGCUUCUAUGAUAAAGGAGAUGGGACAGGUUAGUAACCAGGAAAGGGUAGCACAGGACCUCUGUAUAGAGCAACUGCAGGCAGGUUGUCUCCCUUGAAGGAGGUACAAACUCCAUGCAGGGGGUGGGUAGGAACUCAAUUGGAAUACCAAUAGGAGUACCAAAGAUCACAGGAUGCAGAAAAGAUGCAUAGAGAAUGGUUCAUUGCCCUGAUUUUCUGUAAAUCACAAUGGACUGGGUAUCUGCACGAAUGGUCCAUGGCCAUCUGGCGAAAAUGACCAGCGGCUGGCCGUGUGAAUGUAUCCUAAGGGGCCAUCUCUGUCCUAGUGCAGAACAAGCCAUCUGGUCAUGGUCCUUGUGGCCCAAGCAUCAUGGCUUUCUUCAUUUGUGUGUUGUCUUCUUUGGGAGUAGUCACAAGGUGAUGUGAUGUACACUGCAAAAUCCCAUUGCAUAUCCAGCUGUCCAGCUGUGUAAUCUUCCUGAAGACUGUCACUUCUACUUGGAACAGAUAUCUGUCCACUGCUUGCCAGCAAAUGUAAGCUCCUUUCCAGCAGCAAGAUAUAAUGAGAAUAGCAACAGUAUGAGAAAUUGCCCUUUAAUCCUCAUUAACAGGUGCUGAAUGCAUAUGAGGAUCCCAGACACUUGAUAAAAGCAAGGGGACUGCAUCUUAUGUAACACACCUCAUUCCCUCCACCUUUUUGCCAGGGAUUUGCAACAUAUUUAAACCAAAAGCUAUGCAACUGAAAGAAUAAAAUGCUUGAUCCCAGGUGCCAGGUUAGUGUCAGAUUUAAUUAAUGUCACAGCAGUUGCUGGCAUGAGUUUAACUUUGAUUUUCCAUUACAGAAUGAAACUUGGGGAAAUUAAAUACUGCAUGAUAAGGUAUUUCCAUGUAAUCUGGAGAAAAGGUUAGAGUGUAAUCUGUGAUAAUUCUAUUUAAGAUGGCAACUGUGCCUUUUUCAAACCUUCAGAGCUUAGAAGGUGCUGAAAGACAUAAAAUAAAUAUAUAAAUUUAUUGUUACUUUACGUUCCUAUUCUUGGUGUAGCUUUGAUAACCAAACAAAGCCAUAUAAUAGUGAGAAAUAUUUCCCUCUCCUUCUGCAAACACCCAUAGGAAUUAUAUCUAAAACAUUCAGUGUUUCCAAUCUUUCUAUCCAUUAUGUGCAUAAAACAUGAUCCAGCUCUUAUAUGCAGGGAGAGGAAGAAAAAGAGUAUAACUGCAUUGCUGGCCCUGCACCAGCUGCAGUCCACAGGAAUGACAUCUUUUCCUCGAAUGCUUUCCUGGAGAUGAUGUGAUCAUUAAGCUGUAUCCCCAAAGCAGUAAAGUGACAGAGACAGGGUCAGGUUCAUAGGUGCAGACUGGCUGCCCUGCCAAAUGCAAGUGUGUGGCUGCAUGACCGAAAAGGAUCCUUUACAGCUGAUAUAACUUGCUGUUGUCUUGUUCUCAGCGACUCAUCUGGGAAUGCAGGCAGUUAUCAGAUUGCCCAAGCAAGGCUUGCAAAUCCUUCCCUGCAUAGCAUGCCCUCAACUAUGCUCUGACCAACCCCACCCACAAACCAACAGGACUGCAUUCAAAUGGUGCCUUAUUCCAUUUUCAUGACUUUUUCCUGUUAAGUUCUGCAGUAUAUAUCUGAACUUUCAUACAACGAAAAAGCCACUUAUGAAACUAUAGUGGAAUAUAGUACAAGUUUAUUGCUCAUUAUUGUGUUAUUUGCUUCCGGGGGUGGGGGGGACUUUAUUUGCAAGUAAUAUAGAAAUGAGUGCUAAACAUGUGCUAUAUUCCACUAUAGUUUCAGAAGUAGCUUUUAUGUUGUGUGAAAGCUCAGACUUAAUGCGGAAAUUAACAGUUAGGGAAAUGUCCGUAAAAAAUAAACAAACUGCUGUUUAAAUGCAGCCAAGGGAUUGAUGGUUUAACCUAUUUGCAUUUUCAUGCCAGGUUUGUAUAGAUCUCAUCUGAUUUUGUGGAUUUAAAGAAAGCAUGAGAAAUGUGUGUUUACAUUUUAAACACUUUGUACACAUUUUGUAUGCCUUCCAUUCCAUUAGUAUAUAUUUUGUAUGCUUUUCAGUGCAUUUUCCUCAAUAAUGUACAUUUCUCAGCAUAAUUCUACUUUUUUGAGCAGAACUGUGUUGCAGAAUUUGGAUAAGUGGAUAAGUUUGGGAUGGAUGAGUUAGAUUAGUUGACUUUAAAAUAUAAAGUAGGCUUAGAAAGACCCAUUGAAGUCCAGUCCAUCUGAGUUUUACAUGAAAACAGGACUAAGCACAUUGCAUUUCUGUGUGGUCUUUUAAGAGGAAAUCCUUAAAAAUCCACAGGGAAGCACAAAGGCAACAUUUGUGAUGAAAAGUUCUUGCGAUGUGGUCUGAGUGCUGCAGCCCUGCUCUUUUACAGCUUUAAAAAAGAGAGUCCAGUGGAUUAGAGCAGCUCAUGUGUAUGAAUGAAUCAAUUUAUUUCAGAAUGCACCAGAAUGCACAUGUGUAGUGUUUUGCACUUCUGCACCCCCUUAUUAAAAUAUUGCAAGUCUUCUUGAUGAUCCCUUGCUUGGAGUUGGAUGUGACAUGCCUAUCCCCAUGUAAAGUGGACUUGCAGUAUUUCAGUACUGAGCACAUGGUGGCAAGGAGCACCACGCGCUAGCCAACUAGAUUGCUUUUUUAAAAAAUGUAAAAGAAAGAGACCAGGCAUUGCGUCAGUCCACAUAUUGCCUUAUCUGCAGAUUCUGAUGCGGAUGUGGACUAGAUUGAAUCAGGUGAGUCUUCUUUGGAAUCUGGACAAUUUCUACCACAUCUCUACCACUACAAUGACUCUAGUUGGAUUUUUCAUGCUGUAGGUAGGAAUAAAUUGUGAUUUAAGAUUUAACCUGGCUAUAGAUGUCCUCUUAGAAGGUGUGGAGGGACUUUGAAAACUGGUGUUGAUGCUACUGCAGGAAGGUUUGAAUAAGCCCUUGGCCUGAAGAGGCAGCUUUUAAUUUUUUACACAUUCUUUCACAUUCAAGACAGCUAACCUUACAUUUAGAAUGGCUGCAGAAUCAACAUACAAGUCAGGCAUGCUUUUACUUUUCUACCUCAGGCAACAAGUAGGGGAACUACUUUUUAACUUUAAUUGUAGCGAGCAUGACCUGGAGUAAUUGGUCAGCAAUAAACAUGAUGCCACUUUAUGACCUCAUUUCAGUUUUUUGGUUGUUGUUUUUUACUGUAAUAGAAAGGUUUGCACUUUCUAUUAAAGUGUAGAUCUGAAGUGAGGCCAUAAAUUACUCUGGCAAAGUCUAGAGUGCCCAUUACUGGAACCUACUAAAACAAAGAUUAGAAAAAUCAUCUAUCAUGGCUAGUUCGUGUAUAGCCUCUACUUGCAAAAAUAUGCUAGAAAACAUUCCCAAGCAUCUGCUAACCCUGAGAUUUUGGAAAAUGUCAGAGCAAUCAUUUGACUCAUGCCAAGAAGAUAGAUAAGGAUUUUGCUACUUUAUUAUAGGGUGAGGGCUCACAUUAGGCAAUAAUAUUUUUUGGAGAUCUUUUCCUGGAUACUGGCAAAAUUUACAGCUGGUUAAAUUAUAGCAAGAGGAGCUUUAAAAUUCAUAGGCUGCUCUAGCCUAAAACGAACAGCUCCAGCUAGAAAGGAAGUCAGAUGAUAAUGGGUUGUGUUCAGUGUAGCCCUGAGGUGGAUUCCAACAGUGCAAAUAUUUCUUCUUGAACAAUAGAAUGUUCUCCUGCUCUCCUCCCCCCAUGCAGCCCCUAAAUCUGUUUCAGCGGUUCUCCCAACUACCCAGAGCAGAUUUGGGGACCACAUGGGGAGGAGAGGGGCAAAUCGCAUUGUGCUAACACUAAUCCUUGCCACUGGUGCAGUUAUUUUGCUGAGUACCACCCAAUAGCUGUAAGAAAGCGCAAACUAGAAAAACCAAUAAAGCGUAGAACUGCAGUGAUGAACUGUGGAGCACAUAAAGAAGGCAAUGGGGGAGGUAUUGUUGGCUGAGUGGCAGUAUGCACAUCUUGCAUUAAUUUGGUCCCAGACCGAGUCCCCAGCAUCUCAUGAAGGACCCCUCAAGCUCUGAAGAGUUGUUAAUCAGUCAGCAGACAACGCUGCACUAGAUGGACCAGUGGUUGAACUUGGAUAGGUCAUACAGCUUCACAUGUUCACAAUAAGUAAUGCUGUAUAUUUGAUUAGUUGUAGGUUGACGUUGUUGCCAAAGUUAAUCCAUGAAAAUAUUUGUGAUCAUUUAUUUAGCUAGACAUUUUCAUCCACCCCAGAGUGUUGGGAAACAGAUGGAUGAAAGCUUGUCUUCCUGCAGGCUUCCCUUGCUAUUUAUACUUGGAGAAAUUUGAUAACUUUUAGGAAAACAUCAUAUUGACUUUCCCCAACCUCAAUUGAGGACAUUAGGGCCUGCUUUGAAAAUCUUAUUAUAUCAAAGAUUUCAUUGCACUGUUGAAGAAUAAGGGCUUCUGUUUCCAUUUUAAUUAACGUGGUCAAUCAUAUGGAUGGAGAUCUUUGUCGCAGAUAAGCCCAAUUAAAGAUUUCUCUUUUUUUGUUUCAUAGCAUUCUGGUCUUGGUCUGAAAAACCUUUCUUAUUAACCGUUUUCUCCCUUGACUGUCCUGAUUUGCUUUGCUGUGCACUAUUAAGCAGAGUGGCAGAAAACAUCUACAGAAACAUGGCAUUAUUCCUUCAGCAUGUGGAUAAGGCAUGAUAAUCUUGUUAGCUAGUAUGCAUCAGAUACUAAGAAAUAAACACUGGUCAAUUAAAACAUUCAUCAACUGCGCUAUCUUGAAACUGUUCUGGUACAGUUGCUAGAACUAAAAAUUCAUUAGCCUUAUCUUCAGUCUGUCUAAUCCUAUGCAUUAUAAAUGAAAAAUGUUUCUAUUUGCAGAAGGUUUUACACACAUCCACUUUUCCUUUUAGUACUAUCUAAUGGAGUUGACGCUUCAGUAAUAGAACUUAGAACAGUUUAAUCGCCAAGGAGAGGGAACAAUGCUUUUUAUUGUUUACAUAAUUUUCGUUUCCUCAUUUAUCACCAUUACAAAACAGAUAUACAAGGACUGUUCCCCCCCUUUCUGUUUUCUCCCUGUACCAAGGAAAGUACCGAGUGAUUGGAGGUAUAAUUUCACCAGUUAAUGAUGAGUAUGGAAAGCAAGGUUUGGCAGCAGCAAAGCAUCGUGUAGCCAUGGCUCAACUUGCACUGGAGACCUCCGACUGGAUCAGAGUAGACCCUUGGGAGAGUGAGCAAAGGCAAUGGAGUGAGACUGUAGUGGUUCUCAGGUAAUGAUGAUGUCUCUCUGUGUUGCUUCUGCAUUCGAUGAUCAAAAGAAUCAUGGGGUGUCUCAGAUAAGCUGUAUUUUAGGAAUCUUGCCAGCACUACAAAAUUAUACGCUAAGGGCAGAAUGAGCUAAGGAAAUUCAAGGGAGUGGGGUCUUAUGCUACAUUUUUACAAAUCUGGGCUUUCAGUGUACCAAAAAUGUCUUGAGAAGGACUAGGGGAAAUGUAAAGCUGGCAGGCUGCUUUACAGUGAAGAAGUGGCUGAUCUCCCAAGGAAGGAGCCAAGAGCUUUUAAAGGGGUACUGAAGCCCACCAGGCCACUGGAUGGUUUCACACAUACACAGUGCGGAGGGUUAAAUGGAAAGUCAGGAAGCUGUGUUAUCUUGUUAUAUAUAUUUGAUUACAACAAUAACCUUCCUGGGUGAAGAAUACUCUAAUUACUGUAUACAGUUCCAAUCAUGGCAUAACAGGAAAAGCUAAAUAAAUAUUUUGCUGUUUUAGAUUAUUGCUAGCUAAACAUGUAUGUUCUUCAAAGCCAACAAAUUGGGCCUGUAGCUCAGAGUAGGUAGGGGAGCAAUAUUUUCUCAUAAUCUUUGAGUCAUACCUGUAGAAAUAAACUUAGAUUAUUAUUUUUUGUAGAAGCUCUCCCUUUGAAUCAAACAUGUUAGUGUGCAACAACUUAUCACAUGUACUAGGUAACUUUUAUCUAAGCCAGUGAUGUCCAAACUUUUUUCAAAGAGGGUCAGAUUUGAUGAAGUAAAGGGCUGUGAGGGCAGACCAAAGGGCCAACCCCAGGAAAUAAACUGCCACAGGGGCUGGAUUAAACUGACCAGCAGGCUGGAUUAGGCCCCCAAAAUGGAUUUUGGACAUGCCUGAUCUAAGCCACUAUAAACAUUAAGUGAAAAUAUCCUUUGGUGUUUGAAAACUAACACUUUUCAACCAAAUGGAUUGAACUUCAAAGGUGAGUCCAAUUACCCUCCUCGUAAUGCAGUGUUCCUCUCCAACAGGAAGGCUGUAUAAAUAUUUCUACCAAUCACUUUAUUAGAGUAUUACAGCUCAGUUCUGUCUAUGUUUAUUCCAGAAUUGCCAUUGUAUUUUGUGGAGCUUACUCACACUUAACCUGGGAGUAAACAUCCCCCUGUGCAUAGGAAUACAUUGUUAAUGUACUUCCUCUAAAGAGAGUUUCCCCCUCCCAAACUACAACACUCAUAAGCAUCUGAACUGGGGAUGCCUAUGCACAUAGACCUUGCCCUUUAAGCAUAUAUGGGCAUACCUGAGGUCCUGAUGGUGCAGACUUCAGUUCCUAGGAAAGCCUUUGUGUGUAGAGAAGAACUAUGUACUCAGGCUUGCCCAGCUAUACCCAUCCGUGCCUAGGAUGUUGGGGAUGGGUCUGGGGUAAACUGUGAUGUUGGAAGCAGGGCCAGCGGCACAAAGCCAUUGUCCCUUUCUCAGUGUGAACCCCUUCACUAACAUAUGAAGGGACCUGUGAGAUACAUGGUGAUGAAAUGGUACCUCUCAGCUAUCUGUUUCGUUGUCUGAGGUUCAUUUACAGCCAUGACUCCCUGAUGUCUGCUUCAUCCAAAUGUCUUUUGGUAGUAUUUUUUUCCUCCUUCAAGACAGAUGCUGUUCGCUUUCCUGUGAUUAAAUUGAUAUUCUGCUCCUCAUUCCAAGUCUCUUGUGCUUUCUAAGGCUGUGUGUUGAACAGUCUGAAGUCCUUAGAAGACCCACCUUGGGUUGUGUUUUUUUUGCCUCAUAUAAGGAAAACUUUGUCUGGCAUUGUCAUCAUUAACAAAGAUGGCUUAGAAUGGGUGUCUGAAUGCAUUUUUCAUUGCUGUGGCAUGGCAGACACAAAACUGGAGGGCUGUGUCAAAACUCAUUUGAUCACCGGAAGGCCUGUAUCCUUUGUAUACUUCAGUGUUUUUGUCUUACAUUUCAAUAAAACACCUAGGCAGAUCAAAUGUCUGUCAGUCUUUCACUUGUGAGACAAGGAAGGUUUUUUCUACAGGUUAACUCAGCUAGGGAUCCUGGAUUUCCUUCCGCCUGUCCUCACCCCCCAAAAACCUGGGUGCUUUCUUGAGUUUUGGCUUGCUUUCUUCAGUCAUCUGACAUCUUUUGAUAUGCAUCAGAUUAAAAUAAUGAACCUAGUUGUUUGCUAAUGUCUGACUUCUGUAGGCUUAAUUUUGGUAGGCUUGGGUACGUUGUGCUUCAUUGCAACAAAUGUCACUUUGAUAUUUUCUCAUUCUGUAGUUUUUGGAUAUUCUUGCCAUAGUCCUGCAGAACUGAUUCACCAAAGAAGCCAAAAUUCUCUUUCCCAGAGUUCAUCUCAGAUGUCUCUCUACCUUUUUCUCCCGUGGAGCUAGGAGGCAUAGGCCUUCUUUUAGGCACUUGUACUUUUUGCUUCUGAAGGCACUGAAAACCUGCUUACCAUUCUAUUGUACUGAUCCUUAUGCUAGUUUACAGUGCAAGGAUUAUUCUAUUAUUCCCACUUACUUUUUCUUUACACAGGCAUAUACUCUUGUUCCUGUCUCGAUGCCUUGACAGUUAUUCAUGUCUGUCACAGAUCACAUUCUAGUUCUCCAAUAAUGGCAUUGCAUCUUGCUUUAUCAUAGAAUUGUAAAGCACCACAAGGGUCAUCUAAUCCAGCCUCCUGCAGUUCUGGAAUCUAAAUUAUAUUUUGUUUAUUGUUAUUGUUAUGUUCCUUCCUCAGUCUUGACAAGAAGGAAUUGCUGUUGAGUCUACAAAAUAUAUGGGAAAAGAAAUGUUGCUUAAUUGUCUUUUGAUCCACCUCUCUUCCCAUUUCUUUUGCAUUACCCGAUUUGAGAGUUCAUGCAUGCCUUCUUCCUUGUCCUGUAAAAUUACAAUAUUCAAUUAAUGCUUAACAGAUUCUGCUAGGCAGUUGUCACAAGAUGCUUUGCUUAAUCUUUGAGGACUUCUAUAAAUAAGUAAAAUGUCUAGUGAUGCUGCAUCUGGAAAGCAUCAACACCAGACUUUGGGAAGAGGUGUUGAGAAUUGUCAGGGGAGAAGGAAAAAAAACACCUUCUAUUCAAGUUUGCAAGUAUGUUCUUUAUGCUUUAAAAGCUAGGCGAUAUGAGUAGAUUGACAUACUGCUUGCCGAAAGUGCAAAAUAUAAUCAAACUGUAGUAAGAAAUCUCUGUACAAAAUGAAUGUAUAUUCGUCACCUAGCUUGGUACUUUCUGUAAUCUUCAGCUCAUACUGUGUCUCGGCUUGGCUGGACUCUUCCUAUGCAGCACUCCUGACACUGAUCAUAUAUCUAGCUGAAUCAAGCUGUGAGAAUUACAGCUGGCAAACUGCAUCUCCAAAGCUGGUGCUUUUUUCUUAUUCUUAAUUAACACUGCAUUAUUAUUAUUUCUUGGGAUUUCUUAUUUGCUUCCACCAUGAGUUUCCAGAGUGGAUAUCAACAUUUUAAAAAAUACAACAUUAACAUCAGUUAAAACAAAUCAGCAUUAGUUGUGAUGUAUCUAACUUACAGUACAGCCCUAUACAUGUUUACUUAGAAAUAAUUCCCCCCAUCCACGAGCUUAGUAGGACUUACUCCCAGGAGAGUGUAGAUAUAGAUAGGAUUGCAUCCUUAAGAUGUCAAGCUUUGGCACAUCUCCCAGUAGAGGAAUGCAAGAGGCGGGAAAUCCUUCUUCCUGUCUUUAACAUUUUAAACAGCUACAACACUGCUGCAUAUUCAGGUGUGAGGAAGUUCAUAUGGAGGUGAAAUGAGCUUGUUCUUAACCUUUGUAGGCCUCUGAAUAAGUUUGGCACAUUGCUUGCAGCUUGCUUGGAGUGUAGCUCUACAGUUGUCUACCGGUUUUGGCAACCAUAUUCAUUGUGCUCACUUUACACUCCUUACAUUUGGAUGCCUGUAGAGUAGUGGGUUCAAUUUAGAGCAAACAAACCAACACUGAAUGGUAUAGGUUCUGAUUGUAGAAGAAAGCUGCUCCUGGAAUCUAGCUGCAGGCUUGUGUUUGAAUUUUUCAGUAUUCAACUCCAUGGUGGGUCUUGAACUGUGAUCAACUGGGAAAUGUGAGGAGAUGAUUCAGCAUGUCCCAAUCCAAUCUUCCCCAAAGGAGACCAGAAACAUCAGCAAGGAAGCCUCUUGACGCAAAUAGGCCACAUGGGAGACACUUUGAUCCUUGUAAAUAGGAUCUGGGUCAGGCUUGUCACUGGUCUGGGCAACUAAGAAGCUUUGAUGUCACUGCUGGCUUCAGGCCACCUUUGCCUCACGCCCCUGAGCAUCUGCUUUACCUAUCUCCUGACAAAGCUUUGCUGUGCUGAGUUAUUCCGUUUGUUCCCUUCCAUAUUUCUAUGUUCUCACCUUUUAGAAAGCUCUUCCUGGUUUCCUUGCCAGCCUGGAUCCAAACAACUGUGGAGCUAACUAAGCAGUUCCUGUUAUGUUGUUGGUGUCUCCCAUUCAAAAGAAUAAAAAGUAAAACAUUCUAUAGGACAUUCUCAAAGAAGACCUUCGAGCCUAGUCAAUGACCUUUUUUGUUAUUCUCCUCUUUUUGAAAUUGGAGCGAUUUUUUUUUAUGUGACCAUUUUGCAGCUUAUUCUGUAAAUGCCUGAAAUCUUUAUUACAUUUUAUUGUGUGUUAUAAAGCUAAAGUCCAACAAAAGAUACCGUUUUACAUGCGUUAUAUCUCCUAGAGGAGUAAAAGCAACAUUAAAAAGAAAUAAUGGUCAAUCGAAGAUGUUCAAGUUAGGACAAGAAUGUUAGCCGCCAUUGACACAAAUCUUGCAAUGCACAGAAUUAAUAUGGCAAGUUCUCCAGCCAUCUAAUUAAGCCCUGAAGUACACAAAAGCCGAUUGAGUUUUAGAAACUGAAAGUGCAAGAUAAUCGCUUUGUGUAUCUCUGAGAGGAUUACCUUACACAGAGCCUUUUAUUUUAACACAGGCACCAUUACAAAGAACUGCUUAAAUCACACCAUAUCAAGGAACUGCCUGGAGAAAACAAUUGGCCCAUAGAAAAGGCUGCCGGAGCAUCGUUUGCUUCAUCACUCACAGGUUUGUUACUGCUUUCGGUAGUGUUCCUUGUGUACAUGAUAAUGCCUUGCACCUUUAUCAGAUUAAUACCCAUGCCUAAGUAGGAAAAUAGUGCAUUUAUUUAUGCUUGUGGCUGGAGCCAGGGGUCAAAAGUUGGGAAACUAAUGCUGUGGGAGAUGUAUCUGAUGCAGCUUCCCAGGUGUGGAGAAAGGAAUUGCUGGUAUCAUGGUGGCUGGUUCUGCCCUACCAACUACCUAUGGUUCGUUAGCAUGCCUCAAGAUUUCCCUUGCAUCCAUUGCACGUACAGCAUAUGGGGAGCUCUCUCCAAGCAGCUGACAACUUUGCAGGAUUUGCAAUCAGAGGGGAAUUUAUUUCUGUGUGUUUAGUUGUACAUGUCAGCGUACAGAGGUAGAGCCUGCCACAGCAAUGCCAUUGCAUCACUGUGUGCAUUCAUGUCUCACAAACAAAUGAAGAAAAUGUCUCAAAUUGUAGUUUGAGAGCCUGUGAAGCAGUACAGUAAUGAAUGUGCGUAGGUUGUGUCAUGACCUACCUCCCUGAACACCUGGAAAAUGCUACGGAGUCCAGUGAUGCCGAAAUUUCAGUUUCAAACCACAACUAUGCUUUUUUGUUUUAAUUCCCGAUUAGCUCCCUUUCUAGCCCUUUUCUCUUCCUCCCAAGUUGUGCUCGCUCUUCCCUGCAUGUACUCCUAAAUGAGCUUUUAAUUCCUAUUUAGUAAUGCAUAGUCAAGACCCCAACAGAUGUUCUUCAACCACCUGCAAGCAGUGAAUGAUUUUAGCUUAUCUCUCCCAUGCUAGGUUUAAUCCCUCCCAUGCUGUUGACAGGCUUGCCUGAUGCUUAAAAUUUCCAUAUGUACCUUGCACAAUGUGUUAGUAACUACUGUUAUCCCAGUUGUCCCGUGGAUCAUAGGCCAGGGUCAUACACAUAUAGAUAUAUGAUUUGUAUUUGCAGCCUGCCUUUCUCUAAAUAGUCCCAGUACAAAUUAUUAUUAAAAUCAUAAAAUAAAAACACAAAACUAACCAACGGCAAAGUUAACAGGAGUAUAGAAAAGUAAUGCAGGAUAAUGGAAGAGCAUCCAUUCAACCAAUUGUCAAAAAGCCUACAAUGAUGGUGCAAGACUCACCUUGGAGGGGAGAUUAUUCCACAACCAUGAAUUAUGCUGACUUUCUUCUAACAUGAGGAAGUCCCUUCAACAAAUGGAGGGAGCCCUGGAUCCAAUCCAGCAUCUACAACACCCCUUUUACUUACCUAUUUCUAAAUUAUAUUUUCUAUGCUUGCUUUAAAAAAACAAAACAAAACUUAAGGAAGAACUUUUUGUAGAGAAAGGCAAGCUUUGCUAAGCAUGCAGAGAUUUAGCUCAAGAAACAAUUUUUGGAAGAUCUUUGAUCAUUUUUUAUUCUUAGGCUUGCAUUUAGCAAGGUCCUACACAGAGUAGACCCAUUAAAAUCAAUAACCUAAGUUAGCCUCCAUCAAUUUCAGUGGGUCUAUUCUGACCAGUACUAACAAUAACAAUACUAACUACAGUGAGGGGGGAAAGUAUUUGAUCCCCUGCUAAAUUUGCCCAUUUGCCCUCUGACGAAGAAAUGACCAGUCCAUCAAUCUCUGACUUUUGUCUUCUGGGUUUCUGGGGGUUUUCCUGUUGUUCUGUCUCUCACAGCUACAAUAAACGUACCAUUAAAAUUAUGGACUGGUCAUUUCUUUGUCAGAGGGCAAACCGGCAAAUUUAGCAGGGGAUCAAAUACUUUUUUCCCUUACUGUAUGCAACAAAGAAAAACAAUUCCCAUUUUGGCUCCUUAAAUCACCCUCUAUUCAAUGUCAUGCCAUUACAUUAAACAGAGGGAAGGAAAGAGACUGCAGGGUAAAUAGUGGGGGUGCAGAUGGAGCACUCAUGGGAAAUAAGCUUCCACACUUUAGUUUUUACUCCGGCAGCGUACAUUGAAAGGACAACAUCUAGCAGAUUGUGCAAUGUCUGGCUGCCAAAAAAAGCCCAUCCUUCAAGACUCCUUAAAGGAGUUUCCAGGGGGUGGAUUGAAUGAUCUGUGGCGUACAGAAGCUUUCUUCAGCUCAGCUAAGAGAGAACACUCUCAUGACUGCAAAACAUUUGUCAACCAGAAAAUAUUAUAAUUCUUCUCCAGGUUGGAUUUCAGUCUGAGCUGGAGAGGAACUCAGACCCUUGUAAAGCUUGCAUCUCCUUUGAGAUGGACUUUAAUGAGUUCUCAAUGAGCCUGGCUUCUCUGACAUCUCUACUUUCUUGUUAGUAUAACAGCAGCCUGCCAUUUUUGAGAACAUCUCAGUUUUUUGCUGUUUCCUUUUGAAAGGUCCUCUGAGAUAUUUACAAGGGCUGCUAUCAGUUUAAAACGUUUUCUGCUUCUGUGUAACUUAUUUUAGUAGGUCUUCACAUCUCCGAUAAGGGUCACUGAGUUUAGCAUCACAUACAGAGUAGUCUUUUCCUUUUUAUAAGAGACCCUUGAUUUUUAUUUCAUUUCAAAUUGAACUUGGGCAGAAAACCUGGUUGGUUUCCUACCUGUUUUGGUUUGAGAGUUUUGUCUCUUAAUGAGAUCUUGCAGGCUGUUAAAGCUAGCUGCUUUGUUUGUGCUGAUGGCAGUUUCUCCUUUAGCUAACUCGGUUUUCCUUUCUGGCAGGGUAUUAUGGAGUAUUAGAAUAACUUUUUUGCUACCAGUAUUGAUUCAGAUAUUCCAUUCAGAACCUUUCCAAAAAUAAAAAAAGGUUCAAGUAUGCUACAGAAACUGAAUCACUCUUACUGGAAUUGCAGUUUAGAAAAACCAUUAUCAGUUGUGAAACUGCAAGAUCAUUAUUUAACAGUAGCCCUCAAAAGUCCAAGGAAGUUAUAUUCCUGUUUUUCAUCCCUCUAGACUUGAUUCUAUCAGCAACCUUCUUUAAAAAGCCAUUUAGUUGUUCAAUUCUGGUUUUAAGAUUUGAUGCCUUUCUGAAGAGAGAGCCUUAUGCUGUUCUCACAAUUUUUAAAAAUAGACAUUUUGAUGUCGGGAAUGAUGGAUGAUAGUGUGUUGUAUGUUGCUUGACCAUGUUGGCAUUUGAUGUUGGUUGUCAAAGAGGGCUGCUUGUAUCUUUAUUCAGAGGGAACCUGCUAGAUAAAUCUCUACCCCAAGCUUCAGAAUAUGCUUUAUAGUUUGGAUUUUUCCAAACACACACACAUCCUAUCAUCUAUCUAUCUAUCUAUCUAUCUAUCUAUCCAUCAUCUAACGUCUAUCUAUCUAAAUUGGUGUGGGUGUAACCCCUGCUGAAUCAGUCUAGUCUGGCAUCCGUUUCCAACUAGAUGCCUGUAAGAAUCUCACAAGGAGGACCUAAUUUCAACAGCUCCCUUCCCACUUGCAAUUCCCAUGGAACAGGGGCAGCCUCUUUUUUUGGUACAUUGCCCCUGUAAGGCUAAAAGGCAAACUAUAUGUGUGGGUGGGGAGGUUGGCUGCCCCCAUAUGUACAUAGGAACCACAAUCUUUUUCUCUGUACAAUCACUGAGGAAAUAAUGGUUUGUCAUAACUAAAGUAUCAACACAAGAGAAGGAAACUGGUGGAUUCUACACACAUAUAAAAAACACAUGGUGAAAAUGCUUUUUAAAAAACGUUUUGAAAAAUACAUUGAAUUUGGCAUAACUCACUGUCACCAUCUAGUGUCACAUUUGUAUAUUGCACUUUACAUCAUUUUUAAAACGUUUUAUUUGCAGCUGUAAAGCAGAGUCUUGUGUGUAACUAUGUGUUGUAAUGAGUGAGAUAGUGAAUGAAUGAAUGCAUAUUUGCAUGACUGUACCGCUAAAUAUUUGCUGGAAACUCUAUGAGUUUCCCAUUCUUUCAAAGAAUUUAAUCAAGGGUGGUUACAAAUGGGAAGGAUUGUGCAACCCAGUGGGAGUGGUGUGCAUAGCAUCAUUUUUUCCUACUGGAGCUCCUGAAGCAGCCACAUGUCUCUGCCCUGCCCAAAGGUACCUGUACUUCUUUGGGCAUGGGAAGGUGGUAGAGCCAGUGUCCUUCAGGUCUUAAUGUGUGUUCAUUUCCAAAACUGAUAAAUUAUUGACCACUUUCAGCAUGAGCUCAGAGAUGGUCAUGCAUUGCUACAUGGAAACUUUUGUUGGAAACCCAAAGAAUCUGUAACUCCUUGCAUUACAAGUUGGACCAAUCCACAUUUGUAGCUGCCUCUGUUGAAAUAUGUGGAUCAGUCCUUAAAGCUUAAACAGAGUGAUUGCUCCAAAAUUUCAAAAUAAAAUUAUUAAUAGUAAUAAUAAGUAACCUGUAUUUUGUUAUUGUGGAGAUCUUCCUUAGUGUGCAUAUGCUUAUUUGAAAAGCAAAUUAAGAUGUAAUAAGUGGGCUUAAAGGUUCACUUGUUUUCUGGAGAACUGCAUUCAUAUCCUUUAAAGAAGGAUAUUGCUGGAGUGAGAAGGAGUCAGCCAGGGCAGCAAUUAUUAUUAAGUUCUUGUAGAAGCUUAUCUGAAGAAAGAUCCUGAUAAGACUGCAUUUGUUUACAUUAUGAAGAAGAUGAAAGGAGACAGAAAAUAAUGGUAGACAAGGCAGUGAAGAAGCUAGAAAAUAAAGGUGUUUCUAACAUGCCUCAGAAGUGAAACAGUGUUGGAGUAUGCCUUAUUUCAGUGGGGAAGCUGCUCCCAAGUGUUGGUGGCACAACAGAGAAGGCUUUGUUCUUGGUGUUGCUGGAUGAAUGUGUGCACAAGCAGGAGGGGUUCUGAGAAUGACUGCAGGAACAGGUGGGUCCGUGUGGGCAAAGGCAUAUGAUGUCCAUUUGCCAUUUGAAAUAAUACACUUUAGGGAGGGUUUUACAAAUGCACACUAUACCUUUAAAGCACAUUCUUUCAAAGAAUCCUGGGUACUGUGGUUUCUUAAGAGUUGCUGGAAAUUAUAACUCUGUGAGAGGCAAACUACAGUGCCCAGAAUUCUUUGGAGGAAAGAAUGUGCUUUAAAGCUUUAUUGUGUAAGCAGCCUUAGCUUCAGUAGAUUCUAGCGGGCUGCUGGUUGAAUUUUAGGUGUGUGUGUUCAUAUAAACUACAAAUACAAAUGUACAUCUAAAGGGGAUGUUUCAGCAAAAGAAAAUAAUGCAAAUGAUAUUAUGUUCUUGCAGUUGUCCCUGAGUUAAAACUUCUGUGUGGAGCUGAUGUUCUGAAGACGUUUCAAACACCUAACCUCUGGAAGGAAGAACACAUUUUAGAAAUAGUGGGAAAAUUUGGGUUGGUUUGUAUUAGCCGCGUUGGCAACGAUCCUUCUCAGUUUAUCUCUCAGUCAGCACUUUUAAGCAGGUACCAGCACAAUAUCCACUUGGUUAGGGAGUGGAUUCAAAAUGAAAUCAGUGCCACAAACAUAAGGCACGCCUUGCGCAAAGGGCAAAGUGUGAAAUACCUCGUUCCAGAUUCUGUUAUUUCCUAUAUUAAGCAACACAAUAUAUACACAGAUGAGACUGAACGAAGAAAUGAAGGGGAUUUGCUGCAGCCACUUAAGCGAUAUUGUUCUGUCGUCAGCCCUCUUAAUGACUGA